GGGAAGUUUUUUUCCCAUCCUCACCUCCAACCCUAAUGAUGGUCCCCUAUCCUUGUCCUUUUCGGGCGGAGCCCCGUCCCAUGAAAAAAAACUGUAAUCUCUAUUGUCAUAAAUACGAGAUAUUUUAUCCAUCAAGUAAAUUAUAAUAAACAAAUUCAAGCAAAAAAAAUAUAUAAUAAACAAAUACCUACCCUAAUUACAUGCAUCUAGAUAUCCUCCUUGGUUUUUUCGCUCUUUUCAAAGUCUAUUAAAAAAACUUUUUAGUCCUCGAAGCUUAACAAACACCAUUACCGGCCAAUUUCUCUCGCCCUCUCUUUUCUCGUCCAUUUCUUUCUCACCUCCAACUCAAAACUCAAAAGCAUCUCUUAACAAACCCACAUAUAGAUAUAGAUUUAGAUAUAAUAUAGAUAAUAGAUAUAUUGAUCUGUUUCUACAAUCGGUCAUCGGUCAGAUUUGCUUCUUCUCCUAAAAAUGGUCAUGGAAGGGAAGAAGGAGACGCAGAUUUUUCUCACAAAGCCAUUGUCGUUAAAGGGAGACGUGAAUGAUGAAGAUGGGGUCCCCAAUAUGCUUCAACGGGUUCUCAGUCUCUUUAAAAAUGUACGGUCAGGAUCAGAUCUCACCCGAAUGCAGCUGCCAGCCAUUUUCAACAUUCCAAAGUCACAAUUGCAAUGUUAUGGUGAGUCAGUGUAUUGUGUUGGCGAUGACAUGUUGGGAAAGUGUAACAUUGAGGGGAGCCCUUCUGAGAGGUUCAUGGCCGUAGUAGCAUGGAGCAUUUCCACUCUUCGUCCUGUGGAUUUUGGAGUUGCUCCUUACAACCCAAUUCUUGGAGAGACCCAUCACGUUUCCCGAGGAACCCUCAAUGUUCUUCUUGAACAGAUAUCACAUCACCCACCAGUUUCUGUCCUUCAUGCAACGGAUGAGAAAGAAAACCUUGAACUGCUAUGGUGUCAACAUCCUGUUCCCAAAUUCUUUGGCACAUCGGUUGAGGCUGAGAUUAGGGGAACAAGAAAGCUGAAACUCCUAAAUUAUGGAGAAACUUACGUAAUGAACUCUCCAAAACUUUCAAUUAAGUUCUUUCCAGUGCCCGGAGUUGAAUGGACAGGAAACGAUCGAAUUCGAUGCUACGAGACGGGUCUUGAAGCCAAAUUAUCAUAUGGAGGAAGAUCCUUCCUAGGUUUGAGAGGAAAUCCUGGAUCAAUCAAGGGAACGAUUUUUGAAUCUUCUUCAAUGAAGCCUCUUUUCGAGAUCAAUGGCCAUUGGGACAGAACUGUCACGGUUAAGGACCUCACCAGCGGUAAAGUUAGAGUUAUUUACAAUUCAAAAGAAGUCAUUUCAGGACUUAAGACCCCUAUGGUCAAGGAUCCAAAGGGAGUAUGGCCAAGUGAAUCAGCUUUAGUGUGGGGUGAGGUGAGCCAAGGAAUAUUAAACAAAGACUGGGGAAAAGCAAUGGAAGCGAAGAAAGCUGUUGAGGAAAAACAAAGGGAGCUCUUAAGAGACAGAAAUUCAAGAUCCGAAACUUGGGCUCCUAAGCAUUUUAUUGUAUCUUAUGACAAGGAAAGUGGCUGGGACUGCCUACCUAUGCAAAAUUUUGUCCCACCAGCUCCAAUUGUUAUACCAUUUAACAGUUGAUUACAUUGUAAUUAAUUUAUUCUAUCAUAUCUCUUACUUAUAUUUAUAUAUUA